GAUAUUGAGCUGCAUGGGCUGCUUGUAAAUUUUGGAGAUUUGACUUAUGCGUGAGGUCUUGAAAUUCCCAUGAUUUUGCACAAGGGACCCCACGUUCUCAUUUUGCAGAUGACGUAGCCGGUCCUGGCCAGUGGUGACUCCACACUUGUCACAACACAGGAAGGAGGUCCUGGAAGCCAUUCUGAGAGAACUUAUUUCCCUGGGUACUUGACUUGAAAAUGCCUGAGUCCUUGCCCUCAGCCGUGAGCAGUCAGAGGACAGGGGAGAGCCCAGGAAGGGAAGGAAGAGAGUGGGAAUACAGAGCAGAAGGGGACCCCCAGAACAGCCCUUCGGUGCCUCUGGAGGGGCAGUUUCUGCCUUCCCAGGGCAUCUAUGACCAGAUGCAUUGACCUUCACUAAGACAAGCCAGGCUGUGGGGAGGGACUGCAGAGGCACCCAGGAAAGGUGAAGCUGUGUGGGCCUCGUGUGCAGUGCACCGUCUCACUCCAUCCUGCUGGAAGCUGGGGUCCACAUAGGCCUGACCUGCUUCCUGCUUGCAGCACAUGGUCUCUUGGAGGCCGACCCUGAGACCCUGGGGUUUGCAGGUCUUUGUUCUGGUAGAAGAAAGAGGGAGGAUGUGCCUUCUCAGAUGUACCUGAGGCAUCCAGAGUCCCCUCUGGGGAGAGGACACCCUCUUAGGCUCUCUGGGGGCAGGCCUGGCCUGCGCCCCUAGCUGCCCUGUCUAUACCCAUGUCCCCAGUAAAAUCCCACUCAGGGGAAUGGUACUCACGCCCACCAGUCUGCUACAUGUCUGGGGCUGGCCCUAAGCCUGAUCCUCUUCUGCAAAGCUCAGGCACCCUCCCACUCAGCCUCCACCUGGGCCCGGCCCACCUUGUCACACAGCCCCAGAUGCUGCGGAGAGGAGCUGGUUAGGCGUUUGAUCAAGGUGAGGUAGUGCUGCCCUCCUGCUAGCUGCUCUCCUUCUCCAAGGCCCGUGCCUGGGAAAUCCCAGCCUAGCUGAGGGCUUUCCAGGAGGACAUAAUCUCCCCAGCUCUUUGCUUCACAUGAAGUGGUACAAGGGAAAAGAGGAAGCUGACCCUGAGCAGAGGGUCCUGACCUUCAUCCCUGACCCAAAUUCCCACCCUCACAGCAGCCAUGGCUGCCUUCCCUGCUCACUGCAGAGGGCAGGAGGGGGGUCUGAAUUCCAGCCCCUUGUCCCUGUAGAAGGGCGAGCGUGGUGGGUUGAGUCGGGGGCAGUUGAUCCACGUCCAGGUCUGUCAUUUUUCAGAGGGUGGGAGGGCCUUGUUGGAAUGAUAUUGCCUGUGGGUCUCAUUUUACUUAUCAGCUGGUCAAAUCAGAGAGCUAGUGGGUGUCCCCACAGUUGGGGACACAGCAGCCUAGGGUCCAGUUCUCUUUCCCAUAAAGUGUCUGGACAGGAAGGAUGGCUGAGAGGAGCAAAGGAGUGGGUGAUGUAGGGUCAGGGCUCAUACAUGACUUUGUUGGGGUGAAGGGUACAUGAGGAUUUCUCAAGGACCAGAUGUGGAGUCAGGGGCAACCUGCCUGGGGACAAGGGCUGUGAUGCCUCUCCUGAGAAGACCUCCGCUCUGAUAGGCUAUAAGGACUAAACCAGGAAAGCCAGAUGCUGGAGGCAUGAAAGGCAGGCCCCCCAUUACAGGAAGUGCAGUGUGAGGACCUGGCAGAGGACCCUACACGGGAUCCAGGGAGGAUGGGGAAGGGGACUUCAGUCUGAAGGGUGAGCAAAUGGAAAGGCCCAGAGACAGGAAUGCACAGGGAGGGUUUCAUAAUACCCAGUAACCAUGUGUAUUGCUAAUUAUUUGCUACUGUAAUCACCUUAUUUUCCUCCCUUGACUUGGGGAAAGGACACAGCUUGACCAAGAGGCCACUGGGGCAACACCUGGACUGUGAAACCAGGUUGCACAGAAGCCCACCUCUCCUUCCUUCUCCAACGCUGAGUGCGCAACCAGCGCCAUCCUUCCCGGUUGCCACCUUCUGAGGUGCCCUGGCCAUGCCCCCAAGAAUCCCGCAGGCCGGCUGAGUCCAGGAGCUACCCCAGGCCUCACAACCACAUGGUUAUUCCUCCAGAAAACUGUACAAGAAUCUCCUUCUUGGCCUGUGGCCCCUCUAUUGCUUUGGCCCAUGAUCUUUCCGGCUGUGUUCUCACCAACUCCCACACUGACCCCCCAGCCUGGUGUCUCAUCCACAGCACUGGACAGGGAGCCACUUGGGGUCAAAUCAGAAGAGACUUCCUGAGGCUGUGGGAGCCAAGAGGAGGAGGUGCCAUUUCUGGAUGGAGGUCAGGGCGGAAGGGCAGGGCAAGCAGAGGGACCAGGCGCAGAGAUGGGGAAGAGCAGGGGCUCAGCGCUGUCUGAGUGGUUGCGGUGGAUGGGGCAGCCUGACACCUGAGGCCUGCAGGGCAGGGGCUGAGGACAGCAGGGAGCAUCAAGACCCAGACCCCGAUGCCCCUGCCUCAAGGCAGCGGGGGAAAUGGCCCAAUCAGUGCUUGGCAUGAGCCCCAGACAAUGGUGUGGAGGGCAGACAGUGGUCUGGGGAGAGCCUGGAACCAGAGAAAGUGGAGUCCGGAGGCUGUGGUUGCGCUUGCGAGGAGAGAAGACGGUGGUAGGAGCUGGGCUGGGCUGGUGGGAGGCCAGAGGGAGUGUCCUUAGGAGGAAGAAGGAGCAGGUGGGGCUCCCAGGCUUUCAGCUCAGGGCUCCUGCAGUGGCACCCAGCCAACAGCAGCCAACAGCUCAGUGCGGACAACCAGGGGCACUCAUGGGAGUCUUGAGCUCAGAGAUAGAGACCAGUGAUGUGUGUCCUUGAAAACUGGUAUCUUGAGAAGGGGUGUCCCCAGGAAUGUGUGAGGACUGAGAGGAGAAGCAGCCCGGAUGCAGCUGUGCCAGCCCUGCCUCUUAGGAGGAGGGUCCUUGGAGGAGACCGAGCAGGAGCCACGGGGGAGGCAGGAGGGCACCCAGGAGAGUGGCAGCAGGGGACAAUCGGUCAAGGGCCAUUUCAGGAGGACAGAGGCGUCUCUAGAAUCCGUAUAGUUGAAGACAAGGCUUGAGUGUGAAUUUGGAUCCAGUGAGGACUGGCCAGCCUGCAGUGGCCUUGAGUGUGAGAGGCGGCACUGAAUUGGGGUCCCAGUGCAGAUGACCCCUCCCAUGCUUGGUUGAGGAGGGGUCAGGGGGACAGGCCAUGUCUGGUGGGGACCCGUGGAGAACUAUUUAACCGAGAAAACAGUGAGGAUGAAUCCAGGACAGGAGACAGAGGGAGCCAAGCCCCUGACUGGCUGAGGGCUGGGCCCGGAGGACAGGAUGCUGGAGGUUGAAGUCUGCCUAGGGACAGGCUGGGCGGGUAAGACUCUAGAAGGAGUUGGUACUGUCCUUCAUUCAUCAAACUUUAACUGAGUGCCUCUAGGGUUCCAGGCAGUUCCUGGAGUUGGAGGUCGGUGUUGAAUACACUCCUUUACCCUGUUCCUGCGGAGGCCAGAGUGUGGAGUCAGAGGGGACGUAAGACAGAGCCUGGUCUUCCAUCUCCUGGAGGACUCAAUGUUCUUGAGCAACCCUGCCUAUGACACUCCCCAUGGGCCCCAGGAGAGGCCAAGAUGUUGUCAGGGAGAUGGAGAAACCAUUUCUUCACCUUCCACAGGAGGCUUCCCGCUCCCACUGCCCAGCAAUCCCGUGAGGCAACAGCAGGGGCUGAGGCAAGUCCAGCUCACAGCUGGGGAGGAGAUCAGGUGUGGGGCAGGUCAGGAAGAUGCGUAGUUGGGCCAUUGCAUCAGGCCCAGGAGGGGCAUAAAGGAGGGUCCUGCAUGCUGGGAGGAGGCCGACUUGGGGACCAUGGAGACUCAGAGGGCCAGCCUCGCCCUGGGGCGGCGGUCACUGUGGCUACUGCUGCUGGGACUAGUGGUGCCCUCGGCCAGCGCCCAGGCCCUCAGCUACAGGGAAGCUGUGCUCCAUGCUGUGGAUCGCCUCAACGAACGGUCCUCAGAAGCUAAUCUCUACCGCCUCCUGGAGCUGGACCCGCCUUCCAAGACCGAUGGUGACCCGGACACCCCAAAGCCUGUAAGCUUCACAAUGAAGGAGACCGUGUGCCCCAGGACAUCGCAGGAGCCCCAGGAGAAUUGUGACUUUAAGGAGAAUGGGCUGGUGAAACAGUGUGUGGGGACAGUCACUCUGGACCAGGUCAAGGGCCAAAUGAACAUCACCUGUGAUGAGCCCUUGAGACGGGAGAUGUAAUUGGCCCCUGCUGGGAGGUCUGCAGGCCUUGUCAGUGCCUUCAAAAGUGAUUGACUGGUAAGAGGGUCUGCUCUUUGACCAUUAGACACCUCAGUCCUAAGGUUUAGGAAGUGCAAUGGUGCAGAGGCAGGAAAGCAAAGGGAGGAUUACAGACACCCAGUAACCAUGUGUAUUGCUAAUUAUUUUCUACAGUAAUCACCUUCUUUUCCUCCCUUGACUUGGGGAAAGGACACAACUUGACCAAGAGGCCACUGGAGCAACACCUGGACUGUGAAACCAGGUUGCACAGAAGUCCACCUCUCCUUCCUUCUCCAAGGCUGAGUGCGCAACCAGCGCCAUCCUCCCCGGUUGCCACCUUCUGAGGUGCCCUGGCCAUGCCCCCAAGAGUCCCGCAGGCUGGCUGAGUCCAGGAGCUACCCCAGGCCUCAUAACCACAUGGUCAUUCCUCCAGAAAACUGUACAAGAAUCUCCUUCUUGGCCUGUGGCCCCUCUAACACUUUGGCCCAUUAUCUCUCCCAGUUAUUCUCUGUCCAUCCUCCAGCACCAGUGCCCUAAGUUCUUUCCCAGGGUUGACUCCUUUAUCAGCCCUCAUCCUUGAUCAGCCACCAGAGGUGUGUGCUUUCCCAGGACAAAUUUACUGAGAGAAAAAUGGAGGCACAAAGAGACUGAGAGCUUCUUCCCCAAAAGUAAACAGCAAGUGAGGGGCAGAGCUAGGACCUGAUGGACUCUGGCUUCAGGGUCUGUGCCCUGGACCAUUUUAUGGCAUGUCAGUCAUCAGAACCAACUUCCCCAGGACCUGUCCCAUCUGUCCUGACCCCAGGAGAGCAGAAGAUCCACUUUCUGGAGGAGUUCCCAUUUGUCUUCAGAGGACACUGUCCAGAUCUCCUGUUCCUUGUAGAACAGCUGAGAAGGGCACUUUUGGAGCCCGGGUGCUCCUGUCUUCCCUGGCUCAGCUUCUGGUGCCCGUUCUGUGGGAGGGCCUGGGUCAAUCCUGAGUUUCCCUUCCUUAUUCUUUUUUUUUUGGGGGGGGGGGCGCUGCACCGCGUA